UAUUUUAUAGAAUAAACGCUCAGGAUUAUAUAUAACGAAACUAAUAUAAAAUAUAAUAUAUUUAUUAAUAAAAAUUAUGAGUAAAAUUAAAAUUGAGGUCGGUAGAAUUCUAUAAAUGGCAAAUAUUGUGGUCUACCCUUCUCUAAACCUUCUUCUUCCUCCUAAACCCUCUCCACUCUCUUCACUCAAUCUCCGGCUUCUUCCGCAUAAUGCAACUCCGGUGAAAACUCCUCCUCCUCCUCUUUGUUUCUCUGUUCGUUUUCUGCAGCUUUUUUCUCCUUUCAGAUAUUAAUAAUACCACUUUAAUCUUCUAUCUUCCACGAGUAUUCUUCACGCUUUAUAGAAACCUCUUUAUUCUUCUAUAGAUAAAGGAAUCUCGAAAUCUCCUCUUUUUGCACGCUCUCAUCCUUUUCAAUGCGAAUCUGAUAAACUCACACAAAUUGAUUUUAAGCAGCUAACUGUCUUGGAAAAUCGAGAAGUUAUGACACCAGAGAAGCGUACUGUGCACAAAACUACUGUUACAAUGGUUACCAAUUUGUUACCGGAAAAAUGUUCUCGGCGGAAGUCUCCGGUGGUGAAUAGCUCCACUGUAGGUCGUAGAGUCGUGAGGAUGUCGGUGACUGACGCUUAUGCCACUGAUUCUUCCGGUGACGAAGAAGCAGAACUGAUUCGUCGGCGAAGAGUCAGGAAAUUUAUCAACGAGGUCACGAUUGAAGCUGGAUCAAGAGAUGGUGAUACUGUUAAUAAGAAGGUGAAUAAAACCGGAGAUAAAUUGAGGAAAAAGGCAGCUCCGGCGGAGAAACGGUUGAAGGUCGGUUCAGGUAAGAAGUUUCGCGGCGUAAGGCAACGGCCAUGGGGGAAAUGGGCGGCGGAGAUUAGAGAUCCGAUGCGUCGUGUCCGGUUAUGGCUUGGUACUUUUGAUACUGCUGAAGAAGCUGCAAUGGUGUACGACAACGCAGCUAUCCAGCUUCGUGGUCCUGAUGCGCUCACGAACUUCACUGUUCCACCAUUACCGGAGAAGAAACCUUCACCUGUUUCUGUUUCCUCCGGUUACAACGAAACCACAUCACCGAAAUCCGUUCUCUGUUUCCCCUCAACUUCAACCGACGAGUCAGCAACUGAGUCAACUCACAACAGUACUUUCAACACCACAUCACAUGAAGCUUCGGAUAUCACCGGAGUUCCCGAUACCUUUUCCGAUUUCCGGCCGUUCGACGACCAUUUCUCCACCUCCGAUUACUACGACUUCCAAAGUAUGUUCGACCCGACAACCUUACAGGUUUCUACACUGUUUCAAGAUGCUGACCCGGUGGACAUGUUUUUCGGGUCGGGUAAAGAUUUUUGUAUCGGGUCUUCGUCUUCACCCGAAGACGACUAUCAGCAUGAGUACAGUGAUAUAUUAGGAUCGGAUCCUCUUGUGGUUCUUUAAAACCGGGUUCCAUAGGAUAAAUAUUUUAUAUUUAUUUAAAAUUUUGAGUGUAGAAAUAUCUAGUUGACCUUCGUUACAUUUAACGGUAACGGACGAGUGUGAGUGUGUUUUUUGAAAUGGUUUUGAAGUUACUUAACGGCGUUAUUUGUCAUCUAUUGUAAUGCACGUGGUAGUGCACGUGAAGGCAAAUGCCAUGGCGUUUUAUCAUUUAGUAAGUAUUAUAUUUCA